AUCAAUGCCGUUGCCGUGUACUGGUAGAGCCUACACACAGGGACACAUCAUCGUGCCCUUGGCCGCUCAUAUCUCAGAAUCCCAUCUAUUCUCUGCUCUCUACGCCUCCUCCCCAUCCCAUCUCUCAAUCCACACGACAAGAUGACUGAGAAAUCCGUGGAUUUGCCACAGGAAUGCUGGGAAUUGGUUUUCAAUUCCCUCGACCACCAUUGUCACUUUGAAUCCCUCUCAUUAGUCUCCACCCUGUUCCUCUCUAUCACCGAUCAGCUCCGCCGUACCCUAACAAUCUCCUCCCAGGUUGUUCCUUUGCUUCCCCGUCUUCUCGAAAGAUUCCCAAAUCUGAAAGCAAUCGAAAUCCGGGAAUUCGAGGGUGACCUUAAUUCCCUUCUCUAUCUAAUCUCCAAAUCUGGGUUGGACCUCGAAACCCUUGGUUUCUCAAACCAAAGUCACUUUCCCUUAGUUGGUUUGAGGGAAUUGGGGUUGAGAAUGAGCAAUCUGAGGAAACUGAAUUGCUCAAAGCUUGGCCAUUUUGAAGAUAGUGAUCUAUUUAUAAUUGGAACUUGUUUUCCAUUGCUUGAAGAUCUUGAUAUUAGUUUUCCCCAGUAUAAUUCUCGUUUUAAUCCCAAUGGGUCUUUGGAUUUGCAAUCUUUCUCGGGGGUUGUAACGGAUGAAGGGAUUGUUGAUUUGGCAUUGAAGCUCAAUAAGCUGCGAAAGAUCGACCUUUCCGGUAACCAUUUCAUUACUGAUAAAUCCCUUCACGCACUAUCGUUGAAUUGUGUGUUAUUAUCAGAAGUUGUGGUUCGUGACUGUGAUUUUAUCACCCAGAAUGGUAUUAGUUUGGUUUUGCGCAAUAGUGCUAACUUGAAUUCUAUUUCAUUGGAUGAUGUUGGAAUCCCUUCUAUCGAUUCAAGUUUUCUAGAAUCGUUUACUUAUGCUAAAACUUUAUCUGAGCUUCAUCUCUCAAAUUCAUUUAUCUCCGAUGAAUUACUCUGUUCUGUUGCGGAAGCGUCUCUUCCAUUAAAGAAGCUGACUAUUUCUCAAUGCUAUAAUUUCUCUUUUGUUGGAAUUUCUUGUUUAUUGUAUAGGUAUCAGUUUCUUGAACACUUAGAUGUUGAAGGGGCAAAUUUCCUCACUGACAAAUCCAUGAUUGAGCUGUCCAACUUCCUUGGAAAAUUGUCCUUUAUAAAUCUUGACUUAUGUUCUAAGCUCACGAGUUUGACCUUCUUUGCCCUUAUAAGAAACUGCCCCUUGUUGGAAGAUGUGAGAAUGGAGAGAACAAACUUGGGGGUGGAAGAGUUUAUGGUGGAUUUGGUGAUCAAUCGCCGAGUGAAAUCUCUAAAAUUGAGUGGGAAUAACAGUUUGAGUGAUGAAUGUCUCAAAAAGGCUGCGUUAUGUUGUCCAAGUUUACAAGUGCUUGAGAUUAGCUACUGUCCUACUAUUACAGAAGAAGGGAUAAAAGACGUUCUAAGAAACUGUAGGGAAAUUAGGCAUUUGGAGAUGAACCGAUGCAUGGGGAUAAAGAAUCUUGAUUUAAACUUUGAACUCCCUAAAUUGGAGAUUUUGCAAGUGCAAGGACCAGGCAUUGAUGAUGAAGCAUUGGCCAUUAUUGCAAAAAGAUGCCAGAAACUGUUGCAUUUGGAUUUAGAGGGUUGCUUGAAUGUGACAGCAAAAGGGGUGAAAGAAGUGGUGCAGAACUGUACAAGACUGAGGGAGAUAAAUUUGAAGUGGUGUGAUAACAUCAAUGUUGAUAUUGUAGCACGGAUGGUGUUUUCAAGGCCAUCAUUGAGGAAAAUUAUACCACCAUGUGAUUUUACUUCUACUGAUAAGCAAACUAUAUUUUUCUUGCGUCACGGAUGUUUGAUCUGUAAAGGAUAGUUUCUGCAGCACUUGGGAUGGUUUUCUUAGUAGAAUUUUAUGGCAUUUGAUUUUUUUUUUUCAUUUUCAUGUGAAGUUGUUUGAAAGGGUGAUGAUAGGUUGAAUGUGUUAACACUUAAAUCAGCAUUUCCACCUCCUUUCUCUGUCUUUUAUCUUUAUUCUGCAUCUUGUAUUUUCUUCAAACUUACUAGUUUCGAUACAAUAAAAAUGUGUAAAGCUCGGUAGAGUUUGAAUA